AAUGUCCUCAUUCACAGCAUGCAAGACUUUCUCCAUUGGUACCAUUGACUGGAUGUAUACACUGAACACUGUGUUUAGCCUUUCUCUCCCUUGUCCUCUCCCACUGUGAUCUCAGUGGUGACAGAGAGAGUACCUGCCCCCCACCCAUCCCUCCCUGCCCCCAUGGACCUUUGGCAUCAGUGAACAGACCAAUCGAAGCAAAUGCAACAGCAACAUUAAAUAACUCUGCAUCCAGUCAGGGAGAACACACACUGAACAGAGAGAGCUAAUUUUGGAGCUGAGCGGCAAACAACCACCUGCUCAUGUCUCUCACUGUGCUGCGGACACUGGUGGUAUUGGUGGUAGUGAAGGGACAGCAGGAGCAGUGUCGGAGUCUGUCAGAGGAGCACGCUGUGUCCAAGGAGAAUGUCAGGGAGCAACCAGCUACAUGACCUGGCGCUCAUUAAAGAACUGGAGCUCAUUUUGGAUUCCUGCUCGCUAGAGCUCACACCAGUGGAUGAAGUCUGGCCGGACCUGUACAUAGGAAAUGUGGCCGUAGCACAGAACAGGAAGACAUUAAACAAGCUUGGCAUCACUCAUGUAAUGAACGCAGCACAUUCCAAACAGGGCAGCAUCGGUGACCAGAGCUUCUACGGGAACACCUGUGUUUAUUAUGGCAUCCCAGCAGAGGAUUCAGACCACUUUGACCUCAGUCAGUACUUCAAACCUGCAGCUGACUUCAUACACAAAGCCCUGAAGAGCAAAGAUGGGAAAGUGCUGGUGCACUGCAUCAUGGGUGUGAGCCGAUCGGCCACUUUGGUCCUGGCGUACUUGAUUUUGCGUCAGCGUCUCUCUCUGAGAGAUGCUCUGAGGCACGUCGUCCAAAAACGAGCCAUUUAUCCCAACCGGAACUUCCUGUCCCUCCUCCUCAAGCUGGAUGAACAGCUGACACUCAAACGAAGAUUGUGUCCUCUUCUCUGACGUCUGUUCCCUUCAUUACAUUAGCCAUUAGCCUCCUCAGGACCUCUCUCUCUCUUUCCAUGUGUUGCACUCCUCUCUAAUCAGUACUGGCAGUAUUCUGUUCACAAUUCGUUCACACAGUGUGUAUGAUGUAGUUACGGGUGAGUCUGUUGGUGGAGUGACAUUUAGAUUCCAUAUUUUUAUUUUGAAGAUUUUCUUGCACAAGUUUACCUCCUGGGUACGUCAGCAAUGAUCCUGUGCUGUUAAAUAUUGUAAAUAUCUAAGUACAGGGUCUGAGGUUUAUUCAAAUGUUACCCGUCAGUGUUGUCAGACAUGUCCACAAGCUUUGUAAAUACAGCUUUAUGGGUGUUUUGAAUUUGCAUUAAAGAUAUUUUAUGAUAUUUCAUUUAAUAUUUGUCUGGAUGGCAAUAAAAUGGCCGACAACUUUUCGUUUAACUCUU